UUACAAUGGCCGACAAGUGGGUGGGAAAGUCGGUGUCGAUACACUGCCGGAAUGACAUUGGUGUUUUUCAAGGCAUAAUUAAACGAGUCACGCCGUCCGUUGUUGUUAUCACGAAAGCGGUCCGGAAUGGGAUACCGCUGAAGAAGAGCAACGUAGAGGUUACGCUGUCUGCGGCGGAUAUAGCCAAGCUGGACCUAAUCUCCUGCAGCAACGUGCCAAGCAUUCCCUCUAAACCGGUCGCCACGGUAGUGGCCAACUCGGGCAUGGUAACCUCCCUGGAUGAUCAGUACGAUGGGUUGAAGCUGAUGAACAAUGGUAAACAGCAUCAGCCGCAACAGUUCCACAACUGUACCGGCAGUGCAUUCAAGCUGGCCAGCAAAUCACCGGCUCAAAACAAGUAUAGUAACAAUCUGAACAGCUGCCAGCAGCAGAGUUCCAGUAUCGGUUGCACCAAGAGCUCGAGCAAUCCGAUCGACAUCAAUGGCCCCGCACAAAAAUCGAACCACAUGGGUGCAUCAUCUGUUCUGUCCACGGGAUUUGUUGGUUCGUUCGGUAAUGGGCGCCCGGUAGCAACGAGCCUACCUCACGCCGAUGGAAGCGCCAAGAAGGCGGCCAAUGGUAACGGUGGCAAGAUGUCCCGCAGCCGAAGAAAUAUAGCUAAGGACAGCACAUUCGGAUCGCCCGACGAUGAUCCGCUAAUGAUGGAUGUGGAGUUUGAUUUCGAAAAGAAUCUGGCACUGUUCGACAAGCAAGCGAUCUGGAACGAGAUCGAUGCUAACCAGACGAAAGCAUCCGAGGGUGAUCGUAAGCAGCGCAAUGCAACGAACUCGGCAGUGAAAACCAAGUACCGGCAUGAUGAAAAUGUACUCGUCUCAAACCCGACACAGUACCGGCAGAUUGAGAUGAAACGUGCGGACGGUGCGGGUGAAUGUCAGGAGUAUGUAACGGAUGAAGGUCUGGUAAUACCGUCCGUACCGGCCACACUGCGCCAUACGGUGGAGGAGUACGCGAUCAAUAUGGGGUUGUCACGUGAGCGACAAAAUGAUUUUCUUGCCCGUGGUGCCACCGAACUGGCACUGCAGCUGCUGGGCGGUUCGAGGCGUCUAACGCCCAACAAUCAGCACCAGUGGCCAAAGAUUGUGAUCGUUUGCGAAGGAACAUUGGAUGAGGUCGGCAUCUCAACGGCCAGACAGCUUGCCAGCCACGGUCUCGAGACGGUCGUCUACUUGUCAUCGUUAACGGAAGCAACGCAGAACAGUUCCGAGGUGCCACUGUAUAUGGCGACGGGCAACAAAAUUUCAGUUGAUGUUAAUACUCUACCGCCGUGCGAUCUCGUCAUUGCUUCGGUUCAAAAUUCGAAACUUACCGACCAGUUGCGAAAAUGGAUUAGCUACACCCGGGCGCCGGUACUAGCGAUCGAUCCGCCCGGUGACGGACUCGAUGGUGUUGCGAUCAAAUGUUCGAUACUACCUAUUUUACCGCUAGAUGGAAUCGACCAGAAUGAUGCCUGUGGACGGUUGUACCUGUGCAACCUUGGCAUACCGAACCAAAUCUUCCGCAGUGCUGGCAUCAAGUACAAAAGCCCAUUCGAUAAGUUCGUCAUACCGAUCCACCGAAGAAAGGACGAAUAAUUUUG